GGAGGCAAAUGAGAGAAAGGAGGCAAAUGGGCGGAUGUUUGGCUAAAUUCGAUUUGAACAGUAUUUCAAUGGAAACGCUAUGUGACGUAGGAAACCGUACUAUGAUCAGGACCUGAAACGAGUUUUACGUCAUCAACGAUAGGAGAUCCUGCCGUGAUAAGAACAAGUUCAACAUGGACCUGGAGAAGAAGGAACCUCUGCCCGAGGCUGACCUGGACACAUCCGAUAAUGUGAGCCAGGUGUUUCUGGAGAAGGGGGACAAUGUGAGCCAGGUGUUUCUGGAGAAGGGGGACAAUGUGAGCCAGGUGUUUCUGGAGAAGAAGGAGGACACAGUUCCCGAAGGAGGCUGGGGCUGGGUGUGUGUCCUCGGUCGGUUCUACACCCACUUCCUGUUGCUGGGGUCAAUGAGUGCAUUCGGAAUUAUUUACAUUGAACUUAUUGACUACUUCCACGCGAACAGGACCGAAGCGGCGUGGGUGGGGUCUCUUGCUGGUGGACUCAGCAUGUUUGUAGGUCCUCUAUCAGGGGUGAUGACCGAACGCUUUGGUUGUCGCCUCACAACUAUGGUGGGAGCCAUUAUAGCGUCCGUCGCCUUGUUCAGCAGCUGGUUUGCUAACGGUAUCGUCUACCUGUGCAUCACAUACGGCGUUAUAGCAGGUAGUGGACUCGGAUUAAUGUUUAUCCCAUCGGCAGUGAUUAUCUUUCAAUACUUUGAGAAGAAGCGGGGUUUCGCCAGCGCUAUUGGAUCGACUGGGGGAGGUAUAGGCGCCAUGGUUCUCCCCCUGGUGUACACGGAGCUGAUCGCGGCGUUCGGCUGGAGGGGCACGAUGUGGAUCAUCUCCGGACUGACGCUGAACGCCGCAGUAUGUGGAGCCGUGUUUAGACCUCCAGACUAUCUAAAACAGCGCAAGGUCACCCGUGAAGUGGAAGAUGUCAACAAGAACAUCACCCGGACACGCGCUCUUCAAGAUUUCUUUUGUGUCUUCAAGGACAUCCGGUUCUCAUUCUUUGCCCUUGGAACAAUGUUCUGCUACUUCGGGUAUGGUGUUCCUAUCGUGCACAUGCCCGACCUGGCGCUCCAGAGCGGAGUUAAUAAAGACGAAGUGGCGUACCUUCUGUCUAUCAUGGGCAUUGUGGGGGUUGUACUGAGAAUACCAGUCGCCUGGGUGAGUGACUUCCCCUGGGUGAGCAGGACCCUCAUCCUGGGUAUUGCCUUGCUGCUGUGUGGGGUCGGGACGGUGUUGUGUCCCUUCCUCACUUCCUUCCCGGCCUUCGCCAUGUACUCUGCUGUACAAGGAGGCUGCAUGGGUAUCUGGGGGGCAUUUCUCGGCGUCAUCGUGGCCGACCUUGUUGGCCUGAAGUACACCAACAGGGGCAUUGGUUUCCUCAUCUUCGCUGGAGGGGUAGCGACCAUCAUCUCGUCACCACUGGCAGGUUGGAUGUAUGACGUCACGGAAAAUUACAAGGCGUCUUUUUUCUUCGCUGGGGUCGUGUACAUAGCGUCGGGAGGGUGUACCCUGGUUGUGUUUUUUAUAGAUUAUCAUAAUAAUAGGAAGGCGUCUCACAAAAACAACUGUACCUGAAAAUGUAUUCGUACCCUGUGAUCUCCAGUAGCUGUGAAUAUCGACACAUAUUUCUAUUCUGAGAUGAUACCAACAUGAUCAUGUCAGUAAUCUGUAUGGAUUGUAUUAAACGUGGACAUGGGUAGGCUUCCCCGCUACAUCUGAUCCAGCUUUAAUAUCCGUGGAAGGUAAUUUGUGUCCUCAGUUUAAAUGGAUACAGAAGAUAAUUUCCUGUAUAACGCUUAAUCUCCCUCAGAAAACAUGACCGUAUCAUCGGGUGAAUGUUAUGGGUAAUUCAAGUUAUCAUGUAUAUCAUGUAUGACUUACAAUGUUAUUGUUAUCUGCGGUGCUGAUAACUACACUUAAUACCGUCAUCACGUGACAUCAGUGUACCAUGUCCGUGUUUGUACCCUCUGACGUCACUCACAGAUCUGCAAAAGUUGGAAGCGCUCGUAAAGUAAUAAAAACUUGGAACAUUCAGUGGAACUCCUGGAUUUCUUACA